GACUAUAUAUAGUGUCAUAUCGAGUAGUGACACUCUCUUCUCACCCAUUUUGAUUUGAAGCUGCAAAACCCCUUGAAAGAAAGAAAAUGGAGACUGCCUGUCCAGAAUCACCCAAACAUUCCUUACCAGCUGAAACCAUAGCCGACCACGACGACCUCCUCUCGCAGAUCCUCGUCCGCUUAGAAGCCAAGUCCCUCAUCCGCUACAAAUCCGUCUCCAAGCACUGGCUCUCUCUCAUUUCCAGCCCCAAAUUCCGCGAACGCCACACCCUCCGAAACCCUAACCCUACCGUCUCCGCCUUCUUCUUCCUCUCCACCAACCAACGCCUCAGCUUCAUCUCUCUCUCCGACGACGAAACUCGAUGCGGAUCCCACUCCAAUCCGCUCGAUUCGGUCCCGGAGCUGCGAGGAAUCAAGAUUCUGCAGUCCUGCAAUGGAUUGCUCCUCUGCUGCUCCGGCGGAGAAGAAACGACCCGACGAGCAUACUAUGUGGUCAAUCCCACAGCCAGUCAGUUCUCGAGACUUCCCUCUCCUCCAUAUGCUUGUCAAUUCGAUGAUAGUUUGGGUAUUGCUUUGGCUUUUGAUCCUUAUAGAACUGGAAAUGUUCAUUACAAAGUGGUCUCUGUUUGGAUGACUAGUCGAAAUACUAUAGGGAUUGGGAUAUAUGCAUCAGAGACUCGGAGUUGGAGUCUAGGCUUGAGUCAAGUCGACUUCAGGCAGUGCCAAUUUGAAGUGGACUUCGGCCGCGGGGUGUACUGCAAUGGAGCAAUUCAUUGGCUAAACCACAAGGAUGAGUUGUUCCACUGUCACAUUGGUGAUGGCUCGGAUGAAAAGCCGGUGAGGGGUGGAGUUUUGUCUAGUCCACUUGGUUUAAUGUUUGAUAGGGAGUAUAGGUAUUUUGGGGAGUCUUGUGGCCAUCUGCACCUAAUUGAUAUUUUCAAGCCUUGUGUUAAUCAGUUUGAUGUAAGGGAAUUGGAGCCGGAUUACUCUGGCUGGGUUGUCAAAUACCAUGUUGAUCUUGAUCCGAUAAUUGAAACUAAUAGGCCUUGUAUUAAUGAGAUGCUGAUGCCCAAGGACUACUCUGGCUGGUUUGUCAAGUGCAAAGCUGAUUUGUAUUCCAGAAGCUAUUCCUUUCAGGAGGUGGUUGGGUACUAUUUGGAUCGAUAUUAUCAAUUUGUUGUUCUAUCUCUUACUCGAGAAGAGAAUGGAGGGGAUCUGUGUUUGUUGCUGUAUUUUCGUGCUAAGGUCAUCUCUUACAAUCUUAGGGAUAAGACGUUCAAGAAACUAUGUGACUUAGCUCCGGAAGGCACCGCUGAGACCCAGAGAUCUUUACAAGUUGAAUGGCUGGAGGCUUAUAAUCAUAUGGGGAGUUUGGCUUGCGUGUGAAGAAUGGUUUCAGGUUUGUAUGUUUUCUCUGUGAAUGACAUGAUAAGUAGUUGCUUUGCAUUGCUGGGGUAGCUCACCCUUUUCCCUUCCAUUUCAGAUUUUAGCUUGGAUUAAGAAGCUGAAUGUUGUGAAAUUUCGGCUGCAGUAGAGAAGAUCUAGUUAUGGUCUCAAAUGAAACAUAUAAGAUUAUGUCAAUGUUAUAAUAUCAUGUCAUGUGGAGGUUAUGUAACUAUAUAUUAGGGUUCUAAAUCUCUCAACAUAUGUAUAUGCAUGUAUAAGUAACCGAGAGAAGUACACUUAUAUAAUAUAUGGAAAUGAAAUAUGUAUAAAGCACAUGUUAUGGAUUUAGAGUUUUAUUAGUUAUGUUUGUACAACACCCCAAUAAUUUAAUAACACAAAUCUGGAUAGAUUGCGGUAAGAGAUGCCGGUAAUUUCUAGAGUGUUUGGGCACUGGAUGCUAGAUUUGGAUGUUCAUGCUGAGCUUGCAAGUCAUUGGGUUGGGCUUCUGAGGACAUAGUUGAGUUGACUGCUGGUACGGAUUUUCUGUGCUAAUUGUCAUUGUACAUGUAAAGGGCCUCCGACUCCCCUGUUGGCAUCCUCUUCAUGAGCCACAACAUUUGAAUUGUAAAGGAUCUUGACAAAUUUUCUGAGGCUGGAUUUUGGAUUUUCCAAUACGAUUUCGUCCUGAUGGUUGGGUCUAAUGGGUUGAAUAAUACUGUUUUUCUUUUGAAACUCAAUUUUUUACGGGUGGGCGAAAAAGCCUGAAAAAUCGGCCUGUACUGGUCAAUUCAGGCAUGUUGGGUCCGGGUUUUAAAAUAAAAUUUAAUCAUUUUUUACUGGCCCGGGCCGAUGUCUAUAACUUUCGGGCCAGUCCCGGGCCUUGAAAUUCAUUUGACGUUAGGCCCGCUAGGCCCGAACAAGUGACCUUACAUGCCUUUUAUUUUUGUCUAAUUCCUUCUCUUCAUUUACUGGGUCCUGUCUUGACUCUUGACUCUUCCACUCAUUUCUCUUUCUCCAACUUCUCUCCACGCAUAUUCCAUCGAAAGAAGCUUCUCUACACGCGUAGGCCUGAGAGAUCGGAGUCGUCUUCUCUAAUUUGCAGACAUGGUUGCUCUCAAGGUAAGCCUGCACAACUCACUCUCCGAUCUCUCUCUCUCGAUCUCUAGUCGCCGAGCCUUACGGUGAAGCUAAACCCCUGAGCUACUUCCAAUGGUGUCGUUUUUGUGUUGCAUACCAGGUCAUGGGUAGGGCUCUCCCCAAGGAUGCUUAUAAGGACACGCCCAAUAUCUACAAAGCAUGAUUGCAUGAAGUGUUAAUUCAUGAUUGCAUGAAGCUUUGGCACACCACCACCGAUUCAAUUUGCAGCAACUUUAUUUUCUGUCCAUCUCUGAAUUCAAUUAUUCUCAUGUAUAUUGGAAUUUGAUCA